AUGCAUUGCUUUUUUGCUGAGCUGGAGCCGUCUAUUCCCGUCACGGAACAAAACCUGGCAGACCGAGUUCGGUACAUCAUGCGCUCGAAAAUAUUCGAUGAUGCCGAGCUCGAACGACUACGAAGUGAGGCCAUUCCCUCAUCGAAUGAAUUGGCUACGGCUGGGGAUGAGGCUCCUCAGGCGACAGACCAGCUGCCACGCGUAGAAGCCGCCAUGGAUCUUCCAGUUGUGGUUGAUUCAGACGAUGAUGAAAUGGUCUCCCACGAACUAGAGCAAAUGAGGAGUAUAUUGGAAGAAGCGAUUUUGGAAACGCGCAGCAUGCCUCUCGAAAAUCGACCGCGACUUCCCCGCAUACCCCUAAGCAAGCGAAAUCGGGCUGUAAUGAGGGCUCUUAACCCAAUGCUGGUAACCUAUUUGGAAGCCAGCCGGGACCUUUGCAAGACAGACUCAGUUCUUUUUGGCGCCGCAGUGGCAGCUUGCCGUAUUAUUGGCGCCAUACUUCCCAUGGCUGGACGCGCUACUAAACAAAGUAGCGCCAUCCCAGCCUGGAGAAAAAGAAUUGAGGACCGUAUCGCAAAGGCAAGGGCCCUUAUCGGCAGACUGAUGAGCUUCAGGUCGGGUAAUAAUAGACCGAGGGUUGUGCGCACCGCUAGAAUGGCGUUUGCUGGGACAAAUAUCAGUUUGUCCCAGCCGGAUAUCACGCAGAAACUAACGGAGCGCAUAGACGACUGGAAGCAAAAGAUUGCUGCUUGGGGGAAGCGGAUUCGCCGAUUUACCGAGAGGUCAAGGCGGUUCAACCAGAAUCGUCUCUUCCAGAGUGAUCAGAAGAGGCUCUACAAAUCAUUGGAGCGACCAGAGGUAUGUGGAGCGGGCCCAGGACCGGACCAGGCUAACACUGUCGCAUUUUGGCGUGGCCUGUGGUCAGAGCCCGUAAACCACAGUGAGGGCCCUUGGACGGAAGUUGUGGUGAAUCAGUGUGCGAGUAUUACGCCCAUGGACCCCGUCAUCAUAACGCUGGAUGACGUAGCUGAGGCGGUCCGUAGAGCCCCGAACUGGAAAAGUCCGGGACUCGACGGACUGCAUCACUACUGGCUGAAGGGGUUCAUAAUGUGGCACGCUGUGCUCGCCCGUCAGUUUCAAGAGGCUCUCAACCAGAAGUCGCUCCCUAGCCUCUUCACUACUGGGAUCACUCAUUUGGUUCCUAAAGACCAGAAAUAUUGUUGUUUUCCAACAAUUACAUGUAAUCGGAUAUCACCUGUAACUACCCUCAUUCCAUGA